GGGGUUGCCCCCAUUUAGCUAAAAUGAUAAUCUCAAAGUAUUCCUGUUGUCAACAUUUCAGACAGAGCGGAAUUAAUCUGCUCAAAUGAAAACGAAAUGAGGGAGGGAAMGAGGGGAGAGCGAUGGAGAGGGGGCAGUUGGCUACGAAACUAAUCGGAUUAUGGAACUACAGUUUAUCGAGCGCCUGUUUUUUUACUCUACGCGUUAGCUGGGUGAGUGUGUCUCUUUUACUUUGGGUACUGCGUAUCUAUUGUUUUCUGUCCUAAUGAGGAACAUAUUUUUUUUCGUACUGGUGAUGACAUAACAAGAGUUGUCGUAACUCUCGGUUUACUUCGUGUCGGCAAAGGGGGAUUUUGACUGMUGAAUUGCACUUUAAAUCAGGGGUAUUUCAUUUUCUCACUACUCCAGACGUGAUGGAAAAACUUUCUGCGUUUUAUAAAAUGAACAAAAACAAUCAACUUUUGACUUCGGUGAAGGCGACAACCCGGUGUAGUUUAGGUUGGUAUUCCAGGGACAGCGCAGCGAUAUGAUUUCAUGUUAAUUUCUCACGGAACGUGGGAUGCUGGAGUUGGACUAUUAUCUGGGGAAUAUUCCUCAACCGAGUAGGAUCAGCAGUUUGCCUGUUAGAUCACAUCACAACGAGUUGCCAAACCUUCACUGUCAUUCCAUUUCCAGGCUCUUUGCAAAGUUCAACUCAUACUCCGCGUUGAUGUUGGAAAAAACGUCCAAGUGUUCUUCGCCCGACAUCCACCCGUUCUUCCCCCCUGAGGAGAACAGCCACCUAGGGGGUUAGAUGGUGCUGAUCACGGAUGAGAGAGACGGAGGUGGCUCCUCUACUACGCCCCGAGUCAAACAGCAGCAGCAGAACCCCAAAGGCGCCAGCGGCAUCACCCAGGUCCAUCCGACCAUUACCGAGGAAUCACCGUCCUUAUCAGACGAUGACUCAUACCUCGGGUCCUGCGAGUCAGAGGGGGAUGAGUACGAGGAAUACGGUGAUUGCUCGUUAUUUCCGGACAGUAAAAGUAUCGCUUCGGACGACUCGUUUUACCCACCGGACGAUGUGUUCGCGGACAAGGAGCGGACCCCCUCUCCACAGAGUCCCGAGCCGCUGACGUUCUUCCAGGCGUGCUGCACCAACAACGCCACGAUAGUCCGGAUCAUGAUCCGACAAGGUGUGGGGGUAGAGGAGGUGAAGGAGACGGAUAAAAACAACAGGACGGGGGCUGAUGGUGGCGUGUUACCAGGGUUACGAGCUGACAUGGAGACGAGAGACUUUGGUCGUAAGCUGACCUCCAGAGAGUGGGCGCUCUUCCGGGACGCUACGAACCGCCUGGCCCAUGACACGCCCUCCUCUCCCGACCCUGUCCCUUAUCAACUGUGUGACGCUUACAGUCCAGAGUGGCCUCAGCUGGCGUCUCUAGUAUCUAAGGCCCGGGAGCCUCGAGGCUGUAUGCAGCGUAUAUCAGACACCAUACGGAACGCUCUGACAUUCGCUAACAUCACAGAGCCUGACGACGAAGGAGUCUUAGAUCACCUAGUCACCGUGACAACAGCCCUAGGGAGCCCCUUUGUGGCGGUGGCGUGUUCCACCGUGUGUCCGUCAAGCCCGCCCUGCGUGGGUAAACGUCGCUACUCCGUCCCAGAGAUCCUCCGACGACAACGGGCCAAAGAACUGAAAACCCAGAACCCUGAGAGGCUCGACGACCACCGCAAACUCUUCCAGAAUUCACGGGUCACUCUGGUGCCUAAACCUCCAAAGGACCGGCGGUCCAGCCUCCCGCCGCAGAACAAAAGUCCCACCACGACUAACCCUAACCUGGGUACGGUGUCUGGCUCUGAGGCCGUUUCCUCUGUGGCCCUGCGUAGAGCUAGCCUGCUGCCCCUGGGUAUGGUGAGGCGUAGUAGUGUACGGCCAGGGCUGUCCAUUCCCAAGGUGAGAAUCACUAAGGCCCCAACGCCAACCUAUGAACCUGAGAGAGUCCGCAGGAAGAGCAGCUUUAAAGACAGUGGGGGCAACUUCCUGCAGCUCCCAAAGUGGAGGUAUAAAGAACUGAAGGAGGAGAGGAAGAGAGCAGAGGAGGCGGAGAGGAGGAGGGUGGAGGUGGCCACGAGACGGCACCUGGCUGUCGGGAAGAGGAAAUGACACCACAGGAGGAAGUGAUGACACUCCACCCUUUCCUCCACUGUUGCCAGGUCAGUAGAUAGUGUUCAGAGAGGGUUGGAUACUUGAAAUGUUUGAUGUUAACUUAUUUUCGUAUUUAUUUCGCUUUCUUUGUAGUAAGUGACAGCGCUUUAUUUUGUAAUGCAUUUCAUUCACAAAAUCAGCAGUAUUUUAAUAGGGUGAUUUCUGUAUUACCUGGCACUUACCCAGGUUACAAACCCAUAUGACCUGACUGAGUACAGAUAAUGUUUCACUGAUAUCUGACGCAUCACAAAUGGAAACUUUAUUGCCUAAAAUGAUGACACAAUAAGCGUCGGGGAAGGGUUUGAAUGGGACAAAUAAGAAGGGUUACAAUAUUGCAUAGCCUAUGAAACCAUUGAGUAAGCCUACCAGCAUGUCAAACUGAUUUACCGCCAAAGCUAAACAUAAGAUAAGCUUUAUUUUAAAAGCAAUGGCAUUUGUAUGAGCAAUAAUAGUUCCUUUUUAGAUAGGCACUAUGGUAUGUUUAUAUUGGCUUUUUGAAAGCUUUUUUAAUUCUGUGAAUGUAUUUUGCAUAUAGAUUGUACCUUAGAGUGUUGGACUUGUAACCGAAAGGUUGCUGGAUUGAAUCCCCGAGCUGACAAGGUAAAAAUCUGUUGU